AUGUCUUCAAAGGUCGGAAGUAAUCAUCAUGAAGCGACCAAGUCAUCUGGCAUUCCAACGCCCUCUUUAGGACCCAGGAAUGAAACGGACGUUAGUGAUCUGAAUAGCGGAAAUGAAGAGAAUCAAAAUAGCCAUGUAAGUAAAGCAUUAUUGAAACUAAAAUUGUUGGAUUCACUCCGUCAGGGCGAUUUUGAGCAAUUGAAACAGCUCAUCAAAACUCAAUUUCAGCCUGAGAAUGAUGCCAAUGUUAUCGAAGUUAGACAGCUCGUUCUACAUUACGCCGUUCAAGUUGCUCCUUUAAGUCUGAUAAAGGAAAUUCUAAAUAAUUGGUCGAAUGCCCUGCAUAAGAGAAAACGGGCGCAAGAGUCUGAUGUGGAUAUCCAUUUGGAUAUCAAUCAUCAGGAUGAUGAUGGUAAUACACCGUUACACUUAGCUGCAUUUCAAUCUCGUGGUGACGUUGUUGCCUUUCUCAUGGAUCAACCCAACAUUAAUGAUUGUGUUUUGAACGACUCACACUUGCAACCGGUUGAAAUGUGCAAAAAUCUAAAUAUCGCGCAAAUGAUGCAAGUCAAGAGAGCUAACUACGUUGCCGAAGUUGCUCAAGAAUUCAGAACUGCUUUUAAUAAUAGAGAUUUCGGUCAUUUAGAAUCGAUAUUAAGUGCUCCAAGAAAUUCAGAAGUUUUAGAUAUCAAUGGUAUGGAUCCCGAGACGGGUGACACUGUUUUACACGAAUUCGUCAAGAAAAAAGAUGUAAUCAUGUGCCGUUGGCUGUUAGAGCAUGGAGCAGACCCAUUCAAAAGGGAUCGUCAAGGUAAACUACCGAUAGAUUUAUUGGGGAAAGUAAACGAAUCUGAAACUGCUACCAACACAAAAACUGCCAUUGACAUUGAACUGAAAAAACUUCUGGCGAAAGCUGCAAAAGAACAAAGUGUUAUUGACGUAACAAAUAACCUACAUGAAGCACCAACUUAUAAAGGUUAUUUGAAAAAGUGGACUAAUUUUGCUCAAGGUUAUAAACUACGCUGGUUUAUUUUAAGCAGUGACGGUAAACUUUCAUACUACAAGGAUCAGUCCGACACAAGAAAUGCAUGUCGUGGCUCUUUGAACAUGUCCACAUGCUACUUGCAUUUGGACUCUUCAGAAAAGCUCAAAUUCGAAAUUAUUGGAGGAAGCAAUGGAACAAUAAGGUGGCAUUUGAAAGCAAACCAUCCAAUAGAAACAAAUAGAUGGGUUUGGGCCAUUCAAGGAGCCAUCAGGUUUUCUAAAGACCGAGAAAUGGUAAUAAAAAGCGGUACGGUGCCACCAUCUUUAGCAAUGAACAGAGCAGCCUCACCCGCACCGAAUGUUCAAAAGUUGCAUCCUUAUGAAGGACCUUAUCGCUCACAGUAUAUUCAGGGAUCCAAAUAUGAGAAAAUUGGUCAACCGGUGCAACAAAAACAAAGCAGAGCACCUUCCUCCUCUUCAUCCUCAGCUCACCAACGUAAAAAGAGUACUUCAACAUCUGUUACUUCGAGUGAAAUUGGUUUUAGUGAUAAUUUAACUGAGUCUGGAAAAAAUUACAUCAACAAAGUUAUCGAGAACCGUAUCGAGUCCAAUUCAAGAGGCUCGUCUGUGAAGAAUUUCUCAACCAAUCAUUCAAUGAAUGAAUCAACCAACAAUAAUUUGAAUAAAUACUCUUCAUCAAAAUCCACUGGACCAUCAACAAACGGUGUAUUUCAAAAUUCAGAAGCCAAUACGUCAUCUCUCAAUGACUUCGCCAUUGAUAAUUCAGCAACCGCUAAUGCGGAAAAUAUCGAAGGCAUUUCCGAUGAUGAGGAUGAUGAUGAUGAUGAUAUUGAUAUUGAUGCAGAUGAAGAAGAUGUCAAAAUAAAGUAUGGGCCUUAUGCGCAAAAAUUAACAAUGUUGCAAAGGUCAAUAUCUAUGGAAUUGAGUUCUUUGAAUGAGCUGCUGGAAAAUGAUGCAAGUAAAACGGCAGAUGAGGAAGUCUGGCGCAUUGUAAAAGUAUCUUUAAAUACAAUUGCCAAAACUUUCGAAAAAUUGAAUUCCUUGACAUCUGAAAGGGAUAAAAGGCUUGUCACCAUGCUAUCGAAACAACGCGACGUCAAUAAUGUUUGGAUCCAGUCAGUAAGGGACUUGGAAAUAGAAUUAAUCGAUAAAAGUAAUCGUUUAGCCUCCUUAGACAAAGAGAGAAGAAAUUUAAAAAGAUUACUGCAGAAAAAAUUGACUGAAGCUGGUGAAUCUGUUACCACUCCCAAUGUAAAGGAAGUGGAGCCUGAAAGCAUAGAAAAGGAGGCGUCUACAAGUGCUUUGCAGGAAAUAGCUGAAUUAAUUGAUGCUGCGAGAGGUGAAGAAGCGGAGUCAGAUGGUGAGGAAUUCUACGAUGCUGAAGAGUUAGUUGAAGAAGCAGACAUGGAGCGUGAGUUGAUGGAUAAAGCAUCAAAGAAUGACAUUGCAAAGAAGAAAGAAAUACAGCUCUCGGAUAAUAAAUUAACUUUUGAGGAUAUCAGUCAAAAUCAAAAAUCAGGGCUCGAUACACAUGUGUCUAGAAGUAAAUCUGAUGCAACGUCAGAUGAAAGCAGCGUAGCAGCACCUGCAGAUGAAAAAAAAGCGCCGAUUGAAUAUGUCGGGGAAGUGACCGAAGAAAGAUCACAGGUAGAAUCUUUACCUGUUUCUAAUGAAAGUCAGGAGAAAAUGAAAAAGCUUAUUCUUUCGGAAGGAACAUAUCUUGGAUAUGAAGAUGGCGUUAGGAAGCGCCUCAGGCUGGAUAAAGAUGAUCGACCAUCUAUUAGUUUAUGGUCAGUUCUUAAAUCCAUGGUCGGUAAGGACAUGACUAGGAUGACACUCCCAGUGUCAUUUAAUGAGCCUACUUCCUUGUUGCAAAGAGUCGCUGAAGAUUUGGAAUACACAUCUUUACUGGAUGAGGCUGCUGCAUUCUCAGACUCUUCCUUAAGACUUUUGUAUGUCGCCGUUUUUACUGCUUCUUCUUAUGCAUCAACCAUAGGAAGGGUUGCCAAACCAUUCAAUCCACUGUUGGGUGAGACGUUUGAAUAUGCAAGAGCAGAGAAGCAUUAUCGCUUUUUCACAGAGCAAGUAUCUCAUCAUCCACCUAUUUCUGCCACUUGGACUGAGUCUCCUAAAUGGGAUUUCUGGGGUGAAUCAAACGUUGAUUCAAAAUUCAAUGGUAGGUCAUUUGCAUUCAAACAUUUAGGUUGGUGGCAUAUCAAAUUGCGCCCCGACGAGACAACAUCGGAAGACAUGUAUACAUGGAAAAAGCCAAAUAACACCGUCAUUGGUAUUUUAGUCGGUAACCCGCAAGUUGAUAAUCACGGUGAUGUUAAGAUAGUAAAUCAUACUACAGGUGAUUUUUGUCUACUGAAUUUCAAAGCCCGGGGCUGGAGAUCGAGUGGCGCCUACGAAGUCAAGGGAGAAGUCUUCAAUAAAAAGAACCAGAAAAUGUGGAUAUUAGGUGGGCAUUGGAAUGAUGCAAUAUAUGCUAAAAAGGUGACUGCGAAUAACAAUGAAGAGUUAUCUUUAAAGAAAACAAUAACCAAAAUAGAUUCCGAUCCGAAUUUCGAAGGAUCUAAAUUUUUAGUAUGGAAGGCCAACCCUAGACCAAGUGCUCCAUUUAAUUUGACACCUUUUGCCAUAACUCUGAAUGCGCCACAGCCUUCACUGGUUCCAUGGCUCGCUCCAACUGACACUCGUUUGCGGCCCGAUCAAAGAGAUAUGGAGGAAGGCCUUUACGAUAAGGCAGCUGAUGAAAAGCACAGACUUGAAGAGAAGCAAAGAGCUGUACGCAAGGAAAGGGAUAAUAAAGGCGAGGUUUAUGUACCUAAAUGGUUUGUGAAAGAAUUUGAUCCGAUCACAAAAAGCGAUUAUUGGAAAUUCAAGGGAAACUACUGGUCGUUAAGGAAGGACCAUAAAUUGAAAGGUUGUGGAGAUAUUUUUUGA